UCUUGUUUUUUCGAUUUACUUUUCUUUAAUUAAAAAAAAAAUAUUUACAUAGCUAUUGAGUAUUGAACAAAAUAUAAAAUUAUUUGAAUAUACUGAGUAUAAAGUUAUGCAAGUAAAUAUUAUUGUAUCCGUGCUGCUUAGCUUAGUUUUAGUCUGUUUUAGUUCGAGUGGUCGUCACCAUGGAGAGUGUUUGCUGUUGGAAUAUAUUUUUUAUUACGAUAUUGUCGUGUUAACUUUGUGAUAUUUUCUUUUUUUUUAGUAUGUACAUUGUAAUAAUAAAGUUUGUUUUGUUAUUAGAGACGAUGAAUUUACGUCAUAUUAUUAUCAUUCGUUAAAAAGCAGAGAAAUUUCAUUUUUCUUACAAAUUGUUUUAUAAAUAUUUCAGAAUGAAUGGAGGAAUGGAGCAUAGAACUCCAGGUCAUAAUGCUGUGCUUCACAAAGCACCUAAAAACUAUAAAUUGCUCAUGGAUCCGUGCCUUGUUAAAGGAGCAACAAAAUUGUACAGAUAUGAUGGUGUGCCUGGAGAUGCUAGUUAUCCUCCGGUUCAAUGCAGAGAUCCCAGGUCGCAGCUCUCGAGGAUAUGGAAUAAGAUAGAAUCAGCAGAUUUGCCAGUCCCUAGGUUUAAGAUAGAUAAAAAUUACGUAGGCGUACCUCCUCAAGUAGAAAUAACAAUCGGGAAUUUAAAUGACAACAUAGAUAAGGCAUUUUUGUCAGAUAUGAUGAAUAAAGUAGGACCAUAUGAAGAAUUGACAAUAUUUUACCAUCCCAUUACUCAUAGACAUUUAGGUUUUGCAAGAAUUGUGUUUCAAGAUGUGCAGUAUUCUAAAAUGUGCAUUGAAAAAUAUAAUGGAAAAUCGGUCAUGGGUCAGGUGCUGGAGGUUUUUCACGACCCAUUUGGGAAGAAAUGUCAGGAAAUGUUUGAGGACAAGACAAUGGAUAGAAAGGCACAGCCAGUUGCAUCAUCAACUUUGAAACCUUUACCAUUAGUACCAGAAGAUGGUCGCUUGUCCAAGACUGAGGUGCUAAGUAAAAGACUUGAAGAUACUAAGUUGGUGGAUAAGGAAUACUCUCGCUACAAGGAGGAGCAUAGUGACAGUAACACACGAUGGUCUGAUGAAGAGCGGGAAUACAGACAUAGACAUCGCAGUCGCGGUGACCGGGACAGGGACAGAGACAGAGACAGAGAGAGAGACAGGGAUAGAGAUAGAGAUGGUGAUAGAGACAGAGACAGAGAUAGAGAUCGGGAUAAGGAACGGCAUAGAGAGCGUCACGCGCGCAGUACGAGUGAUAACAACGACACGGCGUACGCGACGUCCAGCCACGGCUCCGGCCACGCCCCCGCGCACACGCCCAUGCAGACGCCGAGCCACGCCCCCGCGCACGCACCGCACACCACGCCGCAUACCGCACCGCAUGCCACACCACACGCAACACCGCACGUCACACCGCACGCCACACCGCACGCCGCACCGCACGCCGCGCCGCACGUCAGCCACCCGGCCGCAAUGCCCGCCCUGCCCACUGAAGUGCCUUACACGCCCACUGGACCAUUGCCCUAUGACCCCUACUACCAUCAACAAAGUUAUGCCUACGGUUACGGAGCGAGCCCGGCACCAGGCGCUAGCGGUAUGUGGUGGGAUUGGAGACAUCCCCAUCACCCCUCGCAUCACCACACACCACAUUCGGAGAGGCGGUCGGAGUCGUGGGCGACGCCCACUGCCGCCGGCAAGCGCUCCCCCGAACGCAAGCACAAGAAGACUAAGGAAAAGGAAUUGCCAGUGGAGCCAAAGAGUAUAGAAAAUGUGGAGCCCCCGCCCCCGGGGGUGGGCAGCGAGGGGGCGCCUGAGCCAAAGCCACCCCCACCCGCUGAAGAGCCGAAAAACGUUGAUCUGGACACUAGGAUUGCGAUGUUGUUGUCCGGAGCGAGCGCGGGCGGCGGGCUGGCUCCUCCCUUCCUCGCGCUCGGCAUCUCCUCGGAGGAAGAGGAUGACGAGCGUCUGCCAGUCAACAUACCCGACCUGGACACGCACCAACCACCCUCGGAUGAUGAAGGAUCAGACAGUGAAGAUAGAGAGAGUAUAUUAUCAUUGAACUCUAAGAAGGAUGUGAACCCGGAGCCGCUGUCGACGACGCCCUCGCCCUACCUCACCAGAGACUACUACCUCGAGUGCCUACAGGAUACUAUUGAAAGGAGAAUCAAAGAAGAAGAACGUAAGAAAUUACUAAGCGUGGAGUUAGGAGACAAGUUGGGUUCUGAUAUAUCAUCGUCAGAGGAUGAAUUGCUAACGGGAGAGGAGCGGCGAAGAUCUCCCGCGCCCGCUUCCGCUGUCGCCUCUGCCUCCGCUUCCGCUCAUGCCUCAGACAAGGACAAAGAUAACUUGGAUGAUGAUCAGAUGUCGCUGUCGUCUCUAUCAUCGACGGAGGCAAAGAUCGAGGAGCAGGUGCCGGCGGAGGGGUACUUCUACCCCGCGCCGCACGCGCACGCGCACGCGCACGCGCACGCCGCGCCGCACCCGCAUGCGCACGCGCAUCCGCACUACUACCAGCACAUGUGGCCGCCCACAGCGUACCCUCCGCCGACGUACGCGGGUGGCGUGGGCGGCGUGGGCGGUGUGGCUGGUGUGGGCGGCGGCGCGGAGCUGCUGCCGUACGGCGGCUACCCCGCGCCCGCGCUGCACUACCCGCACCACGCCUACCCGCAGCCGGCCACACACGCACAAGAGCUAGACAACCCUUACUUCUCAACAAUAAACAGGGUAAUAGAACGUGUGACGACAGAAUUGAAACAAAUAUUGAAAAAGGAUUUCAAUAAGAAAAUGAUUGAAAGCACAGCGUUCAAGAGUUAUGAAGUAUGGUGGGACGAGCAGAGCCGGAAAGUGCGCGCGCCCAAGACAAGGGAGGAUACAGGACAACCGCUACAGGAUAUUUCCAACAAGAAAGAAGAGACUGUAGACUCUAUAAAGUCUAUAAUGGAGUCUAGAGACCUAGGUCUAGAGCUGGGUGGGUACGGCGUCGGCAUCGGUCUAGGUCUCCGCGCCACAAUACCUAAAAUGCCUAGCUUCAGACGUAAAAGAAAAAUACCUUCGCCCGUUGUUAUGGAUGAAGAUUCUUCUAAACGUCUUAGUGAUCAGGAAGAAAUGGUGCAGAAUUCUGACGAGGAGAAGGAAGUGCCGACCAGCCCGAGAAGUAGGACUACCGGUUCCUAUCUCUCCAGCAGUAGGAGACGGCAGUCCAGUAGCUCUUCCAGGUCGUCUUCGUCGUCGUCAUCGCGGUCGUCGUCCUCAGACUCAGUGUCGGCGGGCAAGAGCGCUGCGCCCCGAAUAUACUCCGACUCUGAUGAUGAUUCCGAACUCGAUGAGUCUCAGUUUAAGGUUGUGUCUAAUAAUAAGGAGAGGCUCAGAAGGGUGUACUCAUCGUCGUCGGACAGCGAAGAAGAACAGAGUAGAAGAGAAAAAACUCCAAUACCGCCCGUGGAGAUGGACGAGGCAGGGGAGGAGAUACAGCCGAGUGGUGCGCGACUCGGCUCUCCCAUACUCUCCCCGGAGGAGGAACCAAGAGACCUGCUCCUGGAUCGGGUCUACUCCGACUCGGAGGAGGAGAGAGAAUACCAGGAAAGAAGAAGAAGGAAUACAGAAUACAUGGAGCAGAUCGAAAGGGAGUUCCUAGAAGAGCAGAGAAGAAAGCUGGAAGGCGACACAAGGCCACAGCCAGACAAACCGCCUGAUGACGGUAAAUUAGACAGUAAGGCAGAAGAAAGAAGUCCAAUCAAGAAUCAUUUGAAAUCACCAGAGAAGAGUAAAAAGGCAGACGUGGAAGAGGGAGAGAUCACAUCAGACGAGGAGCCUCUCGAAGUUCGGCGGAAGAAGGACAAGAAACAGAAGAAGAAAGAAGAUAAAAGAAAAAGAGUGGUAUCCGUUAGUGAUGAACAUAGUUACACGGAAUCUGCCAUCGGUCUUAAUGGUGUUAAAGAUACGAGCUGCGCGCUGUCGGAGACGUCAUCACCGCAGUCGCAAGCGUCACAAGCGUCGCAGGCGUCGCAAGUGGCGCUCGACCACUCGUACUGCCGCCCGCCGCCCGACGCGCCGCACUCGCCCACCACGCCCACGCCCACCACACCCACCACGCCCACCUCGCCCACCACGCUCUCCAACCAUCUGCACCACGACCACGGAUACACUUGGAUGGCGGAACCGAAGAGCGAGUCCCAACCAGAAGAGACCAAACCUAAGAAAGAGAAGAGGCCGUAUAAACGUAAACAUGAGACCAAGAAGUUGGCGGAGAUACAAAAUAAAUUACACGAGACAUUGGAAAGCGGUGCGUCAAGCCCUGAAGCGGUGUCCCGCGGCGUGACGUUCCCCGCGCGCGACAUGAUGGCGGAGAUGCAAGUGAUGUACGAGUUCCUGACGCGCGGCGUGGACCGCGAGGACGUACGUCUGCUGCGGCGCGCGUACGAGGCGCUACUGGCGCAGGACGCGCACGGCUACUGGCUCAACGACACGCACUGGGUCGACCACCCCCCCACAGACGUCGUGUACGCGCCGCCGCCGCGCAAGAAGUACAAACGACAUCCUAAUAUGUACGAGGAUCUGCAGGGGCACUCGAGCGGCGCGGCGCGCACGGAGGGCUACUACAAGAUGGAGGCGCGACUGAAGGCCAAGUACAAGUACCACCACGGGCGCGGCGCCGCCGGCGACGACAAGCGCCCCAACAAGAUGCAGCUCUCCAGGGAGGCGCGCUCCAACCAGCGCCGUCUGCUCACCGCCUUCGGUACGGAUACUGACUCGGAUCUGCUCAAGUUCAAUCAGCUAAAGUUCAGGAAGAAGCAGCUGAAGUUCGCCAAGUCCGGGAUACACGACUGGGGCUUGUUCGCUCAGGAGCCGAUAGCGGCGGACGAGAUGGUGAUAGAGUACGUGGGGCAGAUGAUCCGGCCGAUAGUGGCGGACGUGCGCGAGGCGCAGUACGAGGCCACCGGCAUCGGCAGCUCCUACCUCUUCCGCAUCGACCUCGACACCAUCAUCGACGCCACCAAGUGCGGCAACCUCGCGCGCUUCAUCAACCACAGCUGCAACCCAAAUUGCUACGCAAAGAUAAUAACCAUAGAGUCUCAGAAGAAGAUAGUGAUAUACUCGAAGCAGCCGAUAGGAGUGGACGAGGAGAUCACGUACGACUACAAGUUCCCUCUAGAAGAUGAGAAGAUACCCUGUCUGUGUGGUGCGCCGCAGUGCAGGGGAUUCCUCAACUAAGACACGUCCCCUCCCCUUCCCCCGCAGCGCUCCGUGCCGCGACGAGACGGUGCACAAAGAAAUCGUUUAAGUCAGUGCUUCUCAGAUUUUAAUUUCGGACAUUGUGAAUAUAUUUGGUUGUGUCAGAGUUGAAAAUUGAGAUUUUAGUUAUUAUUUUUAAUUUGAAAUUCGUUACGCUUUUUAGAUAGUAGAGUUAUUAAUUUAUUGGAUUGUAAGGUCAAAAAAACAAAUCGAAUUUGUACACUUUAAGUGAAGUUUUAAAGAAAUUAUAACAAUUCGUUGAAAUUUAAAAAAAAACAUUGUGUUUUUCCGAAGUUUCUUGAGAAACAUUGACUUAGUAUGAUAAUUAUUGUCACCAUUUCGUUGUUCGUCGAAUAUAGUAUAUUAAAAGCACAAUGUAAAUAACCAAGUAUGUUAUAAAAUCGUCAAAGGUGGUGGAAAGACAGUAACUAUGUCCAAAGGUCGCUUUGAAUCCGAAUUAGUAUAAGAAAGUCACUGGAUGGCUAAAAAUUUAUGUAAUAUAAUAUUUUGUUGAUGGAAAAAUGGAAACUACAUACAUUUUGCACACUACAUUGUUAAAAAUUCAGGUUUAUAAAUAUUUUACCUACUCGCCACGAAUCUUUUUGUCUGAAGGUUAGCAAUAACGCUGUCUCUUUCGCACUUACUGGCACGCGUAUACAUCGGUCUCACUCAUAUCGUAAAUUAUUUUUCUGUGCGAAGUUAGCGGUAAUCACGACAUAUGUUUGUCUCUUUCGCACUUAUUAGUAUACGUAAGCAUCGGUCUCGCUCAUUCAGUAACAUGUAUUUUAUGAAAGUAGCUGUUGCUCGCGACUUAGUACCUGGGACAUCAAAAACAAAGUAGCCUGUUACUGAUGCUUUUUCAACGGUGAUAGAAUUUUUAAAUUCGAUCCAGUAGUUUUUGAUUUAUUUCAAUACAAACAGAAAUACAAAUUUUUCCUCUUUAUAAUAUUAGUAUAGAUAUAAAUUGUCAUAAAAGGUCUAUCGUGGUUGAUUCUGUCAGAAAAUAUGUAAAACCUACAUUGAUAUAGAAAAUAGUAUAAAAAGAGGGCGCUAGUGAGCAAUUAAAUUUAGUUUUUCUUUUACCAGCUGGUUCAGAUAUUUCAUACGGAUUCAUGACGAGUAUUACAUAGAUAAAAAAAUAUGAAACCGCAUAGAAAUAUUUUUGUGAUAUUAACUUUGAAUUACAGCGACGUAUGACCAAAAUGUAUUAAAACAGGUGUAUUAAUAUGGCGGAAAAUAUUCAAGGAACGGACUAUCGACUUUUAUUGUACAAUUUCUCCGCGACAUUGUUCGAUAUAGUGAAAUUCUGCGUUUAUAUAAUGUAAUCUCAAAAGAGGCAAGGUUGUAUAUAAUUAAAAUUUUGCGGUAUUCGUUUGGCAGUGAUCGAUUAGCAAUAUUUAAAUAAUUUUUUAUAAACUUUGCAUAUUUGUAUUAUAAAAAGUAAAGAUUAACUGCCGCAGUCAGCUAAUGGCCUCUUAAUGACUGAGUGCUGUAGACGGCCUGUCUAAAAUCUAGACUUUGACAUGUUCUUCCUAUAAAGUGAUUAGUGUUGAAUGUAUUUAAUUUUUUAUGUAUUUAAAAUUAAUUUGUCUGUCCGUAUGUACGGAAUGUGUUAGUGUAAUAAAAUCCCAGUGUUAUUUGACAAAAUCAGUUCUUAGUAAUUGUAUACUUGACUGAAACUAAGUUAAUUCACUAGGCAUAGUGACUGUGUUUCCAUUGUGGUGAAACUUGUAUAAAAAUAUAUUUCCUUUAUAAAGCUGUUUUAAUACAAGUUUUAUGACAGUUGAAAUGUGUGAGGUGUCGAGGUUGAUAUUGUCAUCUCAUUUUUUCUAAGGUAAGAAAGAGAUGGCGAUAUAAUAUAAUAUAACUCGCUGUAUAAUUUCUUGUACAUUAUCUCUUUGUGAAUAUUAAAAAUAUAGUUCUGCUUGUCAGAUUUAGUACAUGUUGUAAGUACAUGGCAUUGUUUGAUAUCGGAGUGUCCUGUCUGCAACUUCGGUGGUCUGUCUGUUGUGAGGUCUCUGUGAGAGAUGCUCUGUGAUGGACAGAUACUCUGAUCACCUAAUUAAAUGUAAAAUGUAAUAAGAUUGUAAAUAAACGAUUCCAAGAAUA